AUGCUGUCCGCCCUCCGACCUCCCGACCGGACUACCUGGAUGAAUCAAGUCUGCAAUGGACCUGGUUGGCCUUCAAUUCCCAGCGAUCUGACCAUGCACUCCGUCAAGGACGACCACCGACCGCGAUCACAACACUCCUUCGAUUCUGUUUCUGCUAGCCCUUCCCCCGCCAAGCUUCGUCGACGAGCCUCUCAAGGAUCUCUCCGCUCCAAACCAUCAACCGUAUCCCGCUUUCUCUCCAAGGGCAGCGUGGCCGUCAACUUCCCCUCUUGGGAACAACGCAACUCGGGAUCGCCCCUUCGCAUUGAGUCCCGAACCCGAUCUGACUCUCGUCUUCGUCUGUCCACAACCGUAUCUCGCGGGCCGAGACCAUUAACAGCAUCGUCGAAUCAGUCUUCGCCCUGGAACUCUCCAAAAUCGUUCCAGGGUGACUACCCCACCACUCUCCCUCCCACACCCCCAGAAGACGAUAGCAACGUUGCGUGGAACCCGAAAUCGGAUAUGCUGUUGUUUGAUGGUCAUUCUCACAACCCGGCGAUGAUGGAUGAUGGCCCAGGAAUGAACACAUCACCGACCAACGGUCCUUCAGAUACACUGAGCAGCACAUCUGACGGGUUGUCUCACGGAUCGUCCAGCUCAGGCAGUCCCGGUCCUCACGAUGAGAUGGACUAUCAACAGGAUGUUGGCUCUUGGCUAGAUCAUGGAAUCAAUGUCACUGUGUCAUCAUUGGCGACCUCAAACCCUCGAGCGGAUGCUGUUAAGAUCGUCUCGCAAACCCUUCCAUACCCACGCACUACCAAUCAGUCCAUUCCCAGGUCGAGGAAUGACAGCAUCUUCUGCUCCAUCGUCCAGGCUGUACACAACCACCUCCAGCCUGGCCAGUCACCCUAUAUCAAUGUCACUCACGCCGUCCCCGAACAAUUUAGCCUGUCGAACCUCCCUCAUUCUCCUCCAAGCACCCCUCGCUCCCCCACCGCCGCUGAAGACUACUUCAACGCCACCGUCUUUUCCAGCGCCGCCGUGGUGGGUGCCUACCACGAUUUCCGUGGCCCUCUCCAACGUCACCUUUCCCAUACUCCCAUGCCCGUUGUACCUCCCCACAGUGUUCACAUCUCCGUUCUGGAGCGGUAUCUCCCCCCACCCUCCGCCCAAGAAUACCGCGAUGUUUUCUGCCCAACCCGCCCAUCCUUCCUCGUCGAUCGCCUCAGCGAGCUAUCUCCAAACGGCGGCUCUCUUCUCUUCGUAUAUCCGACCAAGAAAGGUGCAUCUACCUUCAAGUCACAAUACCUAGGCCCCAUCCUAGACCCACUCCUGCGACAACUCGUCGUGGUUAAUGGACUAUCCGCGGACGUGGGCCGUUACUUGGGCAAAAUGUCCACAGUCUCCCAGAUGGAUGACUUCGCCACUAUGAAAGCAAACAUCAACUCUCUCUGCGACGCCUUGAGCUCCCCAUCCUCGCAAUUUCAGAUUGCCGACGCCGGCCGGUCCAGCGCCCACCUAGACCGAAAUCUUUGGGUCGAGUGGUUCAUCCACCAAGAAAAAGCGCGAAUGAAGGAAGUUCUCAGCAUGUACUGGCAAAACAGCCGCCGCCCACCGGUCAAGACCAUGAAUUCCGGAAUGAGCGACGGCAAAGAUGUCACCUCCGCCAUGCUUCUUAGCGAGAUCUUCGAAGGCAUUCGCAAGCGGCCCUAUGGCGAAGACAAUGAACCUCGCGACGGAGUCGAGCUAGGUGUAUUCGUGAUUCGCCGAACCCACUAA